CAGAUAGCAGACCUAGCUAAAGAAGAUACAGGUGGUAUCACCUUGACACCGAAUGAAUCGAAUAUAUUAUCUUGGAGGGCUACACUUCCAGGUCCCCCAGGAUCACCAUACGAAGGAGGCAUUUUUGAAGUUGAUAUUCGAAUACCGGAUGAUUAUCCAUUCUCUCCACCCCACCUUCAUUUCUUGACACAGGUUUAUCACUGUAAUAUAGCUCCCAGUGGCGCAAUAUGUCUAGAUCUACUUAAAACGAAUUGGUCCCCAGCUCUUUCACUAUAUAAGGUCAUCUUGUCACUCUCAUCCCUGCUUACCGAUCCUAAUCCCUCCGAUCCCCUCGUUCCGCAGAUCGCACAGCAGUAUAAACGUGACAGGAAGAAACAUGAUCAGACUGCGAGAGAGUAUGUGAAAAUGUACGCCCUUCCUAAACCUAGUGCCCCUGUCAAACCUACCACGGAAGCGGUUGCUUCGUCAUCUCGACCCAAGCCGAUCCAUCGGCCCGAAUCUGGCUCUGCCCCUUCCACAACGAUAGCAGGUACACGUCGGGCACGGACACAUGGUGUGGGAGCGGGUGACGAUACGAUUGACAUAACCUCUGAUGGGGAAGACGACAGUGACGUCGAGGUAUUGGGUGAAGGUUCU